UCUUCUGCAGCAUAGAGCGGGAGUCAUUGCCAGCAGUGCAGCUGCUGUUUGUAAGACCGUAAAUCUCCCUGAUUAGCGCCCAGAAGGGUCUACGGCCGUAACAUUGCAGGUACCUGGAGAACUUCGCGAAGCCAAGAGUGAAUUGAGUGCGCAGCAAAACGCGGAGGUGAACGAGGGAACCGCCGUUUCGCUGCCGGGAGACAAACCAGUUUCCCCUCAGCGGCGUGUUGGAGCAGAGUCAGGAGGUGAAGCAACCUGCUCGGUUCACGCUCCGGAGGGUGGAGAGGGAGAGCUGGCAACCGGACGGAUCGGGAGGCAAGAGCGGAAGAAAAAGAGAGAGCGCAGCGGUCCGCGGCCCGAAGACGAGAAAGAUGUCUAUAAAGCAGAGUGCAGGCGGUGCAGGUGGUGGAGGAGGAGGAGGAGGAGGUGUAGCAGCGGUGUGUCUCAUUUGUAAAGAGAACUGCUCUGGAUUACAGCCACAUUCUUGGAGGAAAGCCUGUGUAGCCUGCGGCUGCAGCGCGGUCGACCACGCCCCCGGAGGUGAUCUGGAGGAUGACCAGCAGAUGGGACGCCUGCUCGCGGACUCGCCCUGCUCCCACUUGACAGCGAAGGUCAAAGGCGGUGGCGGCCUUCGCAUGUACAAGAGGAACCGUAUGAUCGUGACAAAUCCGGUGGUGUCGCGCAAAGACCCGACCUUCAACACCACGACGUACGACUGGGCGCCGGCGGGCCUCAACCAGAAACUGGCCAUGCAGUACAUGGAGCUCAUCCCGGAGAGUCAACGUCCAGUCUUGGGGACAGAUGGAGCGCUGGAGCGACGCAGGCAACUCCUCAGCCAGAUCCCCGCCUACGAUCAGGACCCCAUGAAGUGUCAGAGCCUGGCCAGUGAGGAGGAGAUUUCUUCUAUGCUGCUGUUUGUGAAACACUACAAACAGGAGGUGCUGGGCGUCGGGGAGGUGGCCUUACCUGGUGAGGGCGGAGCUCUGAGGGAAGCAGCCAUUCAGAGGACAGCAAAGGAAGCCAAGGAUCGCAGCAACAGCGACAAGAAAGAUGUUCUGGAGCACCAGGACCACGGCUCGGACCCUGGCAGCGCCUCCUCCGCUACUGGUUCCACCAACGGCACAGACGACAGCAUCAGGCCUGAAUUUCGGUGCACUGGUUGCCAUGGUCAGGUUGCCACGGAGAGUCCAGCUGUUUAUGCUGAGCGUGCAGGUUACCAUAGCGCCCUGUGGCAUCCCACCUGCUUCGUGUGUUCAGAGUGUGGCCAGGGAUUGGUGGAUCUGGUCUACUUCUGGUCCAAACAGAAACUGUUCUGCGGACGACACUACUGUCAGACGGUUUGGCCGCGAUGCUCAGGCUGUGACGAGUUGAUCUUCUGCCAGUCUUUUCAUACUGCAAAAGACGGACGGACAUGGCAUCAUCAUCAUCACUGCUGCUGGAAGUGCGGACAAAACCUGGAAACACCCUGCCAGCACUGAGACACCAGUUUGACGACGUUGUGGCACUGCUCAAAAACAAAACAAGACAAGACAAAAAAUAUAUUAAUACAGAAGCACAUACUAAUAUCAACCAUGGUUGGUUAGCGCUUUUUAGACAGAAAAGAAAGUAAUGAAUAAAUAAUACAGAAUAAGUAGAAAAAAAUGUCAAGUUGAUAUAUUUGUGUUUAAAAUACUUAAGACAUUUAGCUGACAUUGAAGUACUCGGAGACUUGUUCAGCUUAAUCUUCUGGUGUUUCAAGUACUUAAGGAAAUUUUUAUUUGCCACAAAAGUGUUUAAAGUACUUAAAGAAACGGUUUGUGGAUUUAUUAGCACUUAAAGUACUGACAGUGACUGGAGCCAGAUGUGCUGUUUUCAGCCUGGAGUGUUUCAGAUACAAGCAGCAGCUCGCAGUAUGGAAGACCAGAUGUGACAUUUUAGGACACAAAUGAGUAAAUUAACAAAUUAGAUCAGCACAUAAAAUGAGAAAUAUUAAUAUAAAUGAAAAUAAAUUAAUAAAUAAAAUGAUUAAGGAACUUGAGAAAAAAUUAUCAGAAAUGAUCAGUUAAUGUGUAAUAAAUUUAUUAGAUACUUCACAAAACAAUUUCAGCUUUGGAUCUGUGCAGAUUUGUGUUUCACUUGUUAACAUUUAUUUCAGGCAGAAUUCAUCUUAAUGGUUAGUUUAAAUCUUGAGGGCUUGAGAGCUUGAAAAUACAUAUCACUAAUUAGUAAUUAAUAGCACUCUGCUGGAUUCUUUAUUGGGUUUUUUUUUUUCUAGAUUUCUUUUUAAUACCCACCACUGAAGCUGGGUUGUGUGUUAUGCUAAUUGUACAAAUAGAAAGUUUGAUUUUACUAACCAUUAAUGUGUAAUUUUUUUAAUUGUUUUCUCUUUCAUGUUCUGUUUGAUGUGUUAUUUCAGUCAAACUGCAGGCUCCUGUUACUUUUAACCUCUUUCAUGAACGUGGAUCUCUGCUGCUGCUGAACGCUGCUUCAUGCUAGUUACUGUAUAUUCCCAAUAAAUUUUUGAAUUUUGGUAACAGAGGUUAAAAAAAAUUAUAAUACUGUAAGGGAGGCAAAUGUUUCUGCCUGUAAAAAUCCCUAAAAACAAGUAAGCCAGAAAUAAAAGCUUAUUAGCUUUAAUUUUUUUCCAUGAAAUAAAAUUCAGUAUUACGACCAGGUAGCACAACAUCAGCCAGUAUUUGCUUUUGGUUUUUAUCCUUCACUUACUUUUUGAAAGGAUUGCUGCUAGCAAAAUGCUAAUUGUUUAGAAACAAGGAUAACAUAAGUGAUUAGCUAAAUAUGUAGCAUAUAGACAAUACUGUUCAAUACCAUGUUAUGUGUAGCAGUCAAGAUGACAUAAAGUAGAAUAUGGUAAUAUCAAAUUGAAUAUUGAUUAUAGCUUCAUCUCUGUACAUCCAGGCGUGGUUAGCCUAGCUUAGCACAAAAAUUGGCUACAGGGGGAAACUUCUAGCCUGGCCUAGCUCAGUCAGUUACAAAAUGUUACGCCUCUGAAAUGUACACAAAAAGAUGAGAUAUUAAUCUUUCUCUGUUGAAAGAUUGUUGACAAGGAUUUCUCAAAAUACGCUCUGUGAAGGAAAGGGAUUUUUUUUUGUUGUUGUAACGUUCAGGAAUAAAAAAAAAGCAGAAACUGGCCGAUCGCCAUGUUUUGAGCAGCCAGCAUGAUAUCAUCAUGUCAUCGUUCACAACUGACAACAGGGAAUUCCCAGUUUAAUACUAGAACGUCUGCUGUUUUUUUUUUAAACAGCGUAGUAAACGGCAUUGAACACAAAGUGUGUAAUGCCACGUUCAUGUCAUGUGGGAUGGAUGGGAAAGAUAUCCAUGUUAACGUCUCGCCAGUGUUCACGUCGUCAAGACCGUUGUGAACGCGGUUGGCUGAGGAUUGGCAAUAUAUAACACCGUAUUCAUUAAAUUUGGGGUAAAUAACACAUAACAACGGUCUCUGACUGAUGUGAGGCAUCCUGAUUUGUUUGUUUUUUCAGGCACUAACAUAUUAAAUCAGAUAUUUUGGAGUUUUAGAAGAAUCUGAGCCUCCCAGUUGUAAUUACUUGGAUGACCCGGAUGUUGACGUGAACGCUAUCUACAAGUGGGAAGCUCGUAAUUACAGUAACUCUGAUGGGAUAUGGAUGCGGCAGUAGGCCAAGAUGGUAUUCUUUGCUUUGGCGGUAACCACCGUUCAGAGCUUUUUCCACUGCGCUGUGGGAUAAAUAAGACAACACUACAAAAUGCUGUAAUUACUUUUUCCACUGUAAAUAGUGAAUGGCAUUGCCCAUUAGCUGUCAUGGAGUUUUAAUAUGAAUGACAAGUUUUAAAGUGAUGAUGUCUCCCACAUCAGGUUACGUGUGAAUGUUGUGUUUUGUCAUUUGUUUUUGGAUCAAAAUCGUCACAAAGCAGUUGGUGUAAAGGAGAUUUUUCUGCUGAUUGUGUUUUCAGAGCUGAUUGGUUGAAAAUAAAAAUAACUUCUGUCUGAA